AUGAGACGCUACUCCCGGACGACCAUCAUGAAUCCAGAGAAUCCGAAAGAUGUCCCAUCGAGGACUUUCUCAUCGGACUCUCGGACCAGCUUGAUGAUUAAUUUUGUGACCCAAGUUAGAGAAUACGGAUCGAAACGGCCGAAAUGCUUCUGCAAGUACUUUGUAGGCACGGAGAUGCACGCGUUGCAACAGGCCAGCUGUGUAAGUCUUGUUUGUGAAAAGUUUUAUACUAGUUCGGAUUUUCAACCAAAAAACACUACUUUUCGAGGUGUAAGGGCCCUACUUUAAAAGGUCGUAGCGACCUCAGUUUGCACUUUAAAAUGUUGUUAUUUCGUAGACAAAAAUUAAUGUUGCUUAAAAAUACAUAUUCCAAAGAUAAAUUCUCUGCGGCGCUUCCGCCGAAAGUUAUAGCCUGCGAUAUUCCUUCACGUUUCUUGAAAGACCCUGUAUAUGAUUACUUCCUUUUUAUUUCUGACACAUUUUAGGCUCGAGACAUUGGCAGUCAAAUCUUCUGGGCAUCAUUGAUUGUCAUCUUCCUCAUAGUGUCAACAAUUACAACAAAGAUUACAUUCAAAGACUUCCUAGAUGAUCAGCUUCUAACCACUUUUACCAUCAAUCAGGUAAGUCGUAAGACUUUGAGUCACAAUUUGAUAACAAAUUUGGUCUUUACAUAAGCUUUUGGCACCCGCCACAGAGAACACUUCUUUAUUUCUUCUUUUAGGCAGCAAAGCUCGAGUUCCCAGCCGUAAUUAUCUGCCCGAAAAAUCCGGAUGCUCUCGAUAUUCAGCUGGUCUACAGGGAUAUCAAAAAGCAGCUUAAAAACCUCACAGAAGCCCAGAUGAAAGACCUGGUCGGCUUUGCAAUCGCAGACGCCGGCUUUUUGAAUAUGGACAAGUUCGUAAAGAACUUGACCGAUGAAGAGCACGAUCUGAAAAGCGCGAUGCUGCGGAAAUGGCGCGGAAAGAGAAGUCCGGAAAAAUUCUUAAAAACUUUGUUCGAAAAAUACGGGUAUACUUGCGACCAGGUACAAUUUUUUGGUUUGUUGGUUCGUAUAUGCAGAUUUUUUAGCUCUUCAAAAAAUGCAAAUUAGGAGCAGAGAAAGUACCGUGUUGCGACCUUUUCAAGCAACAUUAUGUGAUGCUCAGAGGACGUUGUUUUCGGCUGACAAAGCUGUACCAGACCGACCCAGAUUACCAUGGGCGACUGUAUUUGAAUAUGAGGAAAUUGCCAAGCCCAAUUAUUGAUAGGUCUGGAUAUCAGGUGAGCCUAUAUCGAUUUCGUAUCUUAAUUUCACUAAAUUUUUUAUAGCAUGACUUACCGGUUAAUUCUUGAUAAACUUCCUUGACUUUUCUUUGUCUUGCUUCUAUCAGUUGUCGGGAAAAUAAUGUGGAUUUGUCGCACCAAAAAAGUGUCUCGCAAUGAUUUUAAAGCGCGACGAAUCGCAUUAUUUUCCCGACAGACUGUCAUUAAAUAGGGUCUCACACGGGCGGCUGCAGCUGUCUACAAUGACACAGUUAUGAUCCCAUAUCUAGAGAGAAAAGAAUUUUUGGAAUGAACGGCUUGUUCCAUUAUGUUGCAUAGUCAAAUUACCUAGUAUUAAGCCCAAAAAAAUGUUCUGAAUACUGAAAGUUUCAGCCUCAAGUAAUCGCCUACUUUGCCUCGCCGUAUUCCGAAGUCUCGACGUUUCCCAGAUUCUACUUAAGCUACAAGGCCUACAAUUACAUCAGCGCCUCAACGAAAGCGUACCGUCUUCGACCCGACUUCUCUUCCUGUUUUCCUGGAGAUGAUCGGCGGGGAAAGAGCGCGUGUUAUGUUCGGCGCUGGCUAUACACUAAAUUUAUUAACACACUGAAUUGCACGCCGUUUUACAUGCGCUAUAGGGCGGAAUGGGCUGACAUUUGCGACAUUGGGAAGAUUGCGAAGAUCUACAUGGAUAUCAUUGACAUCACUUUGAAUGGGACUAAGGUAAAAGAAGUAAACUUAAUUUAGCAAGGUACAGGAUGGCUGUCAACGGAGUACAGUUGUCAUCAUCCCUUUUUUUCAGUGCCUACCAGCCUGCACUCGUCUUGACCGAAUGUACAACUUGUAUACAAAGGAAUACAAUGACUGGAAUAUUGAGAAAAAUGUCCCGGAUUUUCGUCUGGAGUUCGGAUACACUGACCUUGAAGUGAGGGCUUUUUCAUUGACGAAAUGGCUUUGUAAUCCUAAAUUAUUUUACAAUUUUUUCAGUACGAAGCUUAUGAAGAAGUUGUUACGACCACUCUUCCCGGUUUCGUCUCUCAAAUCGGCGGUCAACUGAGUUUGUUUUUGGGGAUAACCCUCUUGAGCGCCAUACAGUUUUUGUUGUCAUUUAGCAUGUUUGUCUUCAAAAAGUUCAGAGGAGUCAAAGACAUCAACCUGCAUUCGCAUUUGAGGAGAAAGCGUCGGUGA